AUGGCACUCUUCCUAGUCACUGCUCGCAUCUCCCGACCUCUUGCCCAGCUGUUUGUUAAAGCUCCACAACUCAGAGAUACAUCCACUGGUCUUCAGCCCUUUCCGGGAUUUUGUUUCUCUGUCUUGAGUUUGAGGUGCCAGCGCUUCUAUGGAACAGAAGCUGAGGCUGGCAAGCGGUCUGUCCUGAUCACGGGUUGUGACUCUGGCUUUGGAUUCACCCUUGCCAAGCAUCUGUACGAAAGGGGCUUCAUCAUUUAUGCUGGCUGCCUGCUGAAGGAGCAAGGUCGAGGAGGCUGCAAGGACCUGGACAACAUGAAGAGCGACCGUAUGAGAACCUUACAGCUCAAUGUUUGCAGUGAAGAAGAUGUGGAGCGUGCUGUGGACCAUGUGACUGCCUCCUUGAAGGACUCGCAGGGUGGACUUUGGGGUCUGGUCAACAAUGCUGGGAUAUCAACCUUUGGGGAGGUUGAGUUCACCAGCAUGAAUACCUACAAAGAGGUGGCUGAAGUGAAUUUAUGGGGGACAAUCCGCAUGACUAAGGCCUUCCUGCCUCUCAUUCGCAGAGGCAAAGGCCGUGUUGUGAACAUCACCAGCAUGAUGGGGCGUAUGGCAAGCCCUGCUCGCUCCCCCUACUGUGUCACCAAGUUCGGGGUAGAAGCCUUCUCUGACUGCCUCCGUUUUGAGAUGCACUCUCACAAUGUGAAAGUCUGUAUCGUGGAGCCUGGGAACUUCAUUGCUGGUACCAACUUGUAUAGCCCCGAGCGCAUCAAGGCCAUUGCCGACAAGAUGUGGGAUGAGCUACCUGAAAUUGUGCGCAGCGACUAUGGGCGGAAGUACUUUGAUGAGCAAGUUGCCAAGAUGGAGUCAUACUGCAACAGCGGCUGCUCAGAUGUUUCUCCCGUCAUCAACAGCAUUACCCAUGCUCUGACUGCCACUUCACCCUACACCCGGUACCAUCCCAUGGACUAUUAUUGGUGGCUGUGCAUGCAGGUCAUGACCCAUUUACCAGCUGCCAUUUCAGAUCGCCUCUACAUUUAUUGA